AGCAACCCACAAGAGUCCUAAAGAAAAAUUACACAAAGUAAAGAACCUUUUAAGCCUCAAUUGCCAUGGCCUCAAUGCAGUGCUACAAACCCAGCAACGAAAUUUGUCAGCAAAAAUGCCAUGAAAACUCAUUGGGCCAAAAGGUGCCUGAGAUAGCAAGCCAUACUGAGAUUCAGGCCCAGUACAAAUCCCAGUCCAUAACCCCAGACCACACAAUGUCCAAAACCCAGACACAGUGCUACAGCCAAACCCAGACCAAGCAAGUGGACCAGGGCCUAGCCAAAGCCCAGAGUACUCAAUGCAUGAGCCAGACCCAUGCAACUAAUGGCAUGACAUGUGAAGGAAACACCAAGAAGAGAGGUGAGCCCAAGAAGAAAGAGAGGAGGAACCUUUUACAGAAGAUCAAAGAUGGCCUCUCUGGUCAUAGCAGCGACAGCAGCAGCAGCAGCAGCAGCGAGAGUGACAGCGACAAUGAUAACCGCAAAUGUGAAAAAAGGAAGAAUUAAAGGAUCAAUCGCUGAACAUCAACUGAAAUGAUAAUUAAGGAGAAAGAUCCCUUGUAACUCGCACAAUAAGAAAUAAAUAAGAAUGAGAAAAUAAAGAGCCCAAUUGAGUAGCCUACGAGUAUGGUGUCUCAUGUAAAAAUAAUGUAAUAUCUAUCCUUUAUCAAUAAAUAAAAUAAAAA